AUUGGUAGCUUUGAGCAGCAUAGUCUCCCAUCAUGUUGUCAGGGGCAGUACGUCACUUGGUCCCUCUGUGGCUCUCUGCUUUGACUGCUGGCUGGUUACAGUGUGAGGCAGGGCCAGGGAGAUGGCUGCUGGGACAGGUCUUGAGGAGAGCCUACACCUCCACAAGAGCAAGGCAGGCUGCAGCAGGGGACAGUGCCCCUGUGUUUUCCAGAGCCCGAGUGUACGGGGACAAGCUGGCCAUAGUGGACGACAGUGGGAGCCACAGCUACAGGGUGUUGUAUGGCAGUAGUAGGGGCCUGGCUGGGCUUAUCAAGGCAGUUUUGGACUGUCCCUCUGGGGACCUGCAGGGAAAGCGCAUCUCCUUCCUGUGUGCCAACGAUGCCUUGUACACAGUAGCCCAGUGGGCGUCCAGCUGCCCCCCAUCUCCAGCCUCAGCUGUCUUCUGGAAGCCCCAGAGACCCAGCCUGAGCCUGUCAUCACAGACUGGGCCCAGCGUCCUGCCAUGA